AGGAUCAUGAUGAUGAUGAUGAUGAAGAUGGAGAAGAGGAUGAUGAUGAUAUGGAUGAAGAUAAUGAGCCUGACACUAAGAAAAACGAAGAUGAAGAUGCUACACCGAUUUAUAGCUCUUCUGAAGAAGAAGAAGGCGUGGAAGAUCUUGAUGAAGAUGAAGAAGGCGUGGAAGAUCUUGAUGAAGAUGAAGAUGAGGAUAUGGAUGAAGAUGAUGUUGGUGACGAUCAGCGUAGCACUGAGGAAGAUGAGGAUGAAGAAGAUGAUAAUGAUGAGGAAGAGACUGUGCCUGCUGUUGCCUCUAACCAUACUGGCAGCAGUAGUACCAAAGACAGAGUAACAAGUGCAAUUCCAACACCUGGAAAACAUGCAUUACAGAUGAAAGAGAAGACUAGACAUCAUCCUGACAUGCCAAGGUCUGAAGUCAGUGGAAAUAACAGAGAUGUGGCAACAAACACAGCAAUCAAACAGCUGAAUGUUAAGAAAGAACCUGAAGAGAAACUGAAGAAGACAACAACCAGCACAAUUUUGACACCUGUGAAACCUGCACUGAAGAUCAAAGUAAAGGGUGUCGUUAAUAGCCUUCCUGAGAAGACUGGACAUCAUCCUGAGAUGCCAAGAUCUAAAGUCAGUGGAAAUAACAGAGAUGUGGUAAAGAACACAGCAAUCAAACAGCAAAAUGUUAAGAAAGAACCUGAAGACAAACUGAGUCCUUCCUGUGAACCUCUGGCCGUGUCAGAUCAGCAAGAGCAUAAAGCUGUUCACUGCUCUGGCCACAAAGUAGCUGAUUUACAAUCCAUGAGGCCAGAAGGGGGUGCGGACAUAACGGAGGCCCCGUCGCCUGGGCCCUCAGCCAGCUCUGGUUUGAAUACGAUGGAUCUUGAUCAACUGAAGAGGGAAAAAAUAAACAUGCAACUGAAAAUUUUAAAAUUACAAGAGAACUAUUACACUUUGAAAGUAAAUGAACUUAAAAAAUGAGGAUUAAUGGUUCUGUAAAGCUGACAUUGCAGACAGUAAAUUAAACGAUUGCUGUGUUUAUAUCCACAAACUGACACGUUAGUUGGAAGUUUAUUUGGUGGAACAUUACUUUUGACAAAAGCUACAAAAUCAUAGAAGUGUGCUGCAUUUAUACACCAUACUUUUUCUUUGCUAUACUCAGUUUUCCUUUAGCAUUGUUGAUUACCAUGUUUUACUUUGCUUUUAGAAUUAAACAAAUAGCUGAUAUUUUCUUCUGUAGAAUGUGAAUAAACAUGAUUUUUAUCUGUAAAACAUAUCAUGUAAGAAUGGAUGUUUGUGUAAAAAUUGGCUAAUCGUAAACCUAACUGAAGAGAAAAUAGCUAACCCUGAAUAAGACAUGAAAUUAAGUGUACUCAUAUGAAUGAAAAUUCAUAUAUCUCAAAAGAUGUGACGUCCAGAAAUAGAAGGGGGUCAAAGUUAGGUGAAGAAGGGAUAUGGGGUUAUUCCCUUUAUCUUCUGUCUUCUUCUGAAAUCAAUAAUGUGACAUAACUGUUUUGAGGGUAUUCCCUAUUCUUAUUAUCCUACUUGUGCAAACGCAAAUAUAUAUCAGCAUGUGUAAAUUCAUUCUUCACAAGCCAAGACUGCCUAAAUGAAACUGUCUUUCUUAUUGUCCCUUCAAAUAAAGGCAUACAUAAUUACAU